AUGGCAGAAGAUUCGCACCUGCAGCAGCAUUUCAGCCAAGGCCUUGGUAACGGUGGCGAUGGCCCGCCUAAUGAGCGGCAGCAUGAUAAUCCACAACGUGGACAUUACGCGGAGAGUCUCCGCCCAAUUGUAGUGCGCGACCAUCAGAAGUCGGCUAACGGUAUGCGCUUUGGUGAAUACCAAGAGCCUGGCUAUCAUGUCGGCUAUCAAAACAGCAGCUACGGCGCUGAGCACUUGGAAAGUAGGUUGCAAGAGCAAGAGCAGCGUCUUGAAGCUGCUAUGACGACAAUGCAGCAACAGGCGACUGCUAUCACGACACUGCAGCAAAAGCAUGAACAGCUGAGGCGCGAACAUCUCACGCUAGUACAUCAGCUCAACGCAGAAACGAGACGCAAACCCGCAAUGGCAACCCAGACGGUGCCAGAGACUGUGGGCGAGACGCCAGUUGAGCAGGCCUUGACAGACGGUGAGCAGUUCCUGGCGCUUCAGCGUGCAAGGUACCCUGACCUAGACAUGGGCCCAUAUGGUCCACCUCGGUCGCAGCAAACGCUGCCACUGCAUCAAGCGCAGCAAUCGCUGCCGGUACAACAGACUCCUGCUACUGGAAAAGCACAACCGCCGCCACAGCAGUUGCCAACUGGCCAACGGCUUCUUACACAGGCUCGUAUCAAAAAAGCGGCAGGUGUACCGCUAUCCCAAGAGCACGUGUCGCAGCCAGCACUUGGUCCUGCACAGUCAGGCUUCUUGGGGGACUUAAAGGACCUGUUCGAACCCACGGGGGUCGACCUCUUCGCUUACGGCGGCUAUAUUCUCCCGCCGCCGCGACAAGAUUGA